AUGCAAUCGCUGGUGGUGUUUUUCGCUCUCGCCUCCGUGGCUUGCGGCUCAAUCAUCCCCUGGGCGCAGCCAGCGCAUCACGCUGCUCUCGUGCUGGAUCCCCACGGUCGUCCCCUCGACACCGCUGCAGUCAUCCACGCCCGCGCCAUCCACCUGCAGGCUAAGGCUCUGGAGCCCGUCAGCCACGCUGCCGUCGUGGCUCACACCGCCCCCGUGCUGACUGCUACGCCCGUCCUCAGUGCCCACGGCCUCGCUGCCCACGGACUCGCCGCUCCUCUGUUAAGCUACUCUGCUCACGGACUCACCGGAUACGGACACCUCCUCAAGAAACGCUCCCUCGGCCACUUGGCAUACAGCGCACCCCUCGUCGUCGCCCCCUCUGCCGUCUCUCACCAAUCCCGCGUGGAUGUAGUUUCCAACCCCGCGAUCGUAUCCCACGCUGUCGCUGCCCCCGUGGUCUCUCACGCCGUGGUCACACCUGUGCUCACUCACGCCAUCGCUCCGAGCGCGGUUUCUCACCAGUCCCGUGUGGAUGUGCAAACUAGCCCCGCCGUCGUGGCUCACACCGCCCCCGUGCUAACUGCUACGCCCGCCCUCAGUGCCCAUGGCCUCGCCGCCCACGGCCUUGCCGCCCGCGGUCACGCCACUCCUCUGUUGAGCUACUCUGCUCACGGACUCGCCGGACAUGGACACCUCCUCAAGAAACGCUCCCUCGACUACUUGGCAUACAGCGCACCCCUCGUCGUCGCCCCCUCUGCCGUCUCUCACCAAUCCCGUGUGGAUGUAGUGUCCAGCCCCGCCAUUGUGUCUCACGCUGUCGCUACCCCCGUGGUUUCUCACGCCGUGGCCGCUCCCGUGCUCACUCACGCCAUCGCUCCCGCCGCAGUUUCCCACCAGUCCCGCGUUGAUGUGCGCAGCAGCCCAGCUAUCACCAUCGGCGCCGCUCCCCUCCUCCAUGCCGCUCCCUGGGCGCAUGGUACUGGUCAUUUAGUCCAUGGCUGG